UUGCACUCGCAGUGCUUCGUCCUCCGGGUUCGGCACCGAAAAAAGACCCAACCCACCUAGCCGCCUAGCGACCGCCUAGCUACUGCCUAGCCGCCUAGCAACCGCCUAGCCGCCUAGCUCCCGCCUAGCAACCGCCUAGCCGCCUAGCCGCCCGCCUGGGCCGAUUUUUCAAAUAGUGCGAUUGACUGCGAUUAACCUAGCCACCCUCUGCCAACUCCGCCUUAUUCUCUUCUCUCUUUGCAUUGACGACAUGGCGCAGAAGAAAAAAAAUAAAAAAUUUGCUGACUUGGUGUCUGUCUUCAGUGGAAGGAAAUGAUGGAAGCUAUCCUAUCAUGGAGUUUCUAUGGUCUUGCCAACAACAAGUGAAAUUUCUUACGUCAAUCAGCUCACUAAACCACAGCAGGCACCCACUUCCUCCAUCCUGGUAUCCAAGUUUGCAAAAGCUGUGCAGGAGCAGUUCUUCAUGCACAACAUCUCACAUUCCUUGAGUUCCAUACUUCUGUUAAACCCAGAUUCAUCAUUUGCUGAAGAUCCAUCAUUUGCAGUCUGUUUUGUUCACUCUUAUGGUUUGUUUCCCGUUUCAGCUUCAAGUCUUCAGCUUUCAAGUAUGUGCUAAAUUGAAAGCAAAUAUAUAAUAUUUGGUUGCAUUUGGAUGUCACAGAGAGACUCAUUGGCUACUGAUGAGAGGCUUAAUGCUCUAGAAGAAAGGGUUCAUAUCUUUUUCAAUUUAUUUUUUGCAAUUUUCAGUUCAAUGAAAAAUUAGCAGAAAGAGUUUGUUGGAUUUGAGAAAUAGGCUUUGCAAUGCUUUUUAGGUACGGCUUCUGUGGGCUGCAUCAAGAAAGUACAACUUCGAUCUUCAUGUUUUAGAGUCUAAAGCACAAGAUGCUGAGGAUAGACUUGAAACGGUUGCCUCUCAGGCUCAGAAGAUGGCUGACAUUGUUACAGAACAAUGGAUUCAAAUUCAGCAGCUUGAGCAGGCUCUUCAUAGGUACCGCAAGGGACGAAAGAAAGGACCGAAAUCAGAUAACUGAGAAGGAGGGACAAAAAUCACAGUUUUAAGAGAAGUUCAUAAACAACCUUUCUGAUGACCCUCUACUGAAGACGCUUGGGCCUAACUUCAGAUCCUAUUUCUCUCGAGAUUUUCAUCAGUUCAAGAGAGUCUUUGCAGAAUUUAAAAGGUCUCAGCAUGAGGUUUUCUUACCAUGAAUGCAUAUGUUAUAUUGUUGAGGACUGCACCAUUAUGUACAAUCACGACCGCCUGGGCCAAUUUUCCUUAUGCAGUUACAACAUUUCAUCAAAGAGAAACUGGAAAAGAAUGAAUUCACAGCAGCUCUUGCAAAUGAGGAAUUAGUUUUCUUUAUGAGUUGCUCUCAUCAAAACUCACUAGCUGAAAGCGUCAAAAGUUCUGACUGAAAGAAAUUUUCGAGAAUUUGAUAUUGUUAACAGGUAUAUUUGGCAUUAUCCAUCGAUAUGACUGUAUCGAGGUGAAUCUGAUUUUAUAUGGUGAAAAACUUUGCAUUCCAUAUUUUUAUAACUUAUUAACAAAGAACUACCUUAUACCUUCUAAAGGGAGCUAUCACCAUCCUCCAGCAUUGUGCAUACCUAGUUCAACUUCUUGUCACGAUGACGGAAUUUGCACUCGCAGUCACUGCUUCGUCCUCUGGGUUCGGCACCGAAAAAAGACCCAACCCGCUUAGCCACCUAGCGACCGCCUAGCUACUACCUAGCCGCCUAGCCGCCUAGCAACCGCCUAGCCGCAAUGGACGACCCAAGAUGGCAGGACUUAGAAAUAGACUGCUUGGUGAAGUGUUCGAGAAAGUUGGAAUGGAGUCGGUGCUUUUGGAUGUCCCUUUUGUGUGCAAGUCAUGGUACAAAGCGACCCUCAAUCCUUCAUGCUGGCAAUGUCUCAUAUUUCCAGACAACGAACGUACUGAGGUUUGGCCUUGGGAUGAUUUUGAAUGUCCUAAUUUUCAAAAUCUUAUGGACAGAUUUGCGAGUGAGUUUCAAAUUGAUGGGGAUCGUUUCUCUGUCACUACUUUUUUAAAGUUUGUGAUCAAUCGGAGCACCGGAACUGCUGUUCUGCUUAAGCUUCCCAAAUGCUGCACAGUAGAGACCUUUGAAUUUGCUGCAAAUGUGUGUCCUGGCCUUGUGACUUUGAGUUUACCACUAAAGUUACUGAUGAACAGCGAUAACACGAACCUAGAGCUGAUUGGCAAGUGGAAAAAUUUGGAGGUGUUAUCAUUGGGUUCAUGGUCAAAUUUGGCAACAAUACUUGCAAUUAUACAAACACAUUGCAAGAAUUUUUAUGGUUUAGAUUUGUCAAAAGGCUAUGUUGAUGAACAUCAUGCGUUGUCAAUUGUGAAGUUGGUGCCUAAUAUCACGUAUUUAAAUUUGAAGGGUGCAAAAGUUAAUCAUGAUAGUCUUGUCACGUUGCUGCGUGGAUGCAAAGAUCUGGUGAUGUUGGAUGCCAGAGAUUGUUUUGGUUUCGAUGAGAACGACGAUGAAAUAUCAAAGCUUGCGUCUCAUAUUAGUAAAUUUAUGUGCGAGGGUUCUGAAAAUCCUUUUCGUGAUUUGCCUACUAAUCUUGUGUGGGAUGAUGGAUACUCAUUUCAAGAGCAUGUGGAGGAGAAUUGGGAUGAAAUGCUCAAUGAUUUGAACGAUGCAUUCAAUGAUUAGAGCGACGAGGAAUGAAGAACUAUUUGAUUGUACUAAGUAAUAUCUCAUCUUUUUUUAUAUUUACAAAGCUAAUGAGCAAUUGUGUGU